AGAUGGCGGAAGUGGAUGAAAGCGUCAGACCUAUGUUCGCAGGGCUUUCAGAUGUUUCCAUCUCAGAGGACAUUCCAGUUGAGGGAGAGAUCACAGUGCCAGUUGGCUCUUCAACUCAGGACGAUGAAUACUCUACCCUGGAUGAGCCUGUCAAAGACACCAUUCUGAGGGAUUUGAAAGCAGUAGGGAAAAAGUUUGUUCAUGUGAUGUAUCCGAAAAAAAGCUCCACAUUACUCCGAGACUGGGAUCUGUGGGGCCCACUUCUCCUCUGUGUGACGCUGGCAUUAAUGCUGCAAGGCGGCUCAGCAGACAGCAAGGAUGACGGGGGCCCCCAGUUUGCCGAGGUCUUUGUGAUCAUCUGGUUCGGGUCCGUCAUCAUUACUCUCAACUCCAAACUCCUGGGAGGUACCAUCUCCUUCUUCCAGAGCCUGUGCGUGUUGGGGUACUGCAUCCUGCCACUGACCGUGGCCAUGGUCGUCUGCAGACUGGUGCUGCUGGGGGGGAGCGGCAAGGUCAGUUUUGUUGUCCGGCUCAUCGUGGUCACCGCCUCCUUCGGCUGGUCAACCUUCGCUUCUACAGCAUUCUUGGCAGAUAGCCAGCCUCCAAAUCGCAAGGCCCUGGUGGUGUAUCCAGUCUUCCUAUUUUAUUUUGUCAUUGGCUGGAUGAUCCUCACCUUUUCACCGUCUCCGUAGCGGGACCACCUCGGUUUAAACUCUUAAAGCUUCAAUUCUGUUUUGGAAUGGACUGAGUGUACCGCAGAGCUCCCUCUUUGCCCCUCAGCGGACCACAGGAAAGGUUGGGAGCAUCUGUCAACUUGGAAACUGAAGGCAGAAGACGCGCAUGUUCUUCUGUGUGCAGGGAAAAGGCAGGGGGAAAAAAAAGCAAAGGUUCAAUGACCCAGGAUAAUGGUAUUGUGGCAGGAUGGAGAUGUUCAUCAGUUGUUCUCAUCAGCCUCUUUUAUUCAUUGAUUUGGGAGCGUUUGAUUGAGGAGCUGAGUCAUGUGCACACAGGAUCUGAUUACAGUCCUGACUUCAAAUUACCCAUCUGGAGAAAUAAUGCCAGAAUUCCUGCAGAAGGGAUGAUGGUCCAAAAUAGACCAGAACAGGAACUAUAGAAUAAACAUUAGUACACACUGGAUCACUGUUGUAUACUGUAACAGUGGAAAACUCUGAUAUUAAGAUCUAACAAUCACUUAUAGAAUCAAGAUGCCCUUCUGUCAUUAUAAAAGUGUCCUUUCAGUUUUGGAGCAAUUAGCAUAUAGUUCUUGGUUUCCUCAAAGUGCAUAUCCAUUCAUUUCAUUACCCAAUGUGAAGGUAUCCCUGAAAUGUCAGAGCCAGAAAGCCCAUUAGUAGUACUUCAUGAUCAGAUUUUGUGUUUCAUUGUUUAAUCCAAACUGACACAUACAUAGACAACUGUGGUCCAUGUACUGUAUACAGCAGUUCUCACUUGAAUGUGUAUUAAUUUUCUCAGUUUACUUUCUUGUCUGUGAGAAUAUUCCUGUCUAAGAGAAUAUUUUAAGUAUGUGGAAGUUUGUGGG